CCGAGAAGAAGAUUAGCUGGAGACAGCGGAAGUGGAAGAGAUGUUGCAGCCAUGAAGAUGACAGGAGCAGAAAACAACUCUGAACUAACCAUGGAACAUGUUCAAAACCUCAUCAAGAAGAAAGAUGAGAUCGAAGAGCAAAUAAAGGCGUAUUACGAUGUCUUGGAGGACCAGGGAGUCGGAGUGGAGGGUCCCUUGGUGGACGAUGAGGGUUUCCCCCGAGAUGAUGUCAACCUGUACCAGAUCCGGGCAGCCAGGCACAACAUAUCUUGCCUGCAGAAUGACCACAAGGCCAUCAUGGUGGAGAUAGAAGAAGCCUUGCACGACCUCCACGCACGAGAGAAAGCCAAGCGGGACGAGGAUCAAGCAGAAGCCCAGCAGGAAGCGAUGGAGCAGCAGGUCACUCUGCCGCCGCCUUUUGCACGAGUGGAGGCUGUGACCGAAGGCUCGCCUGCCUCUAGAGCUGGGCUCAAAGUUGGCGAUGAAAUGAUUGAGUUUGGUUCUGUGCACACGGGCAACUUUCAGAACCUCCAAAAUAUUGCUUCUGUGGUGCAACACAGCGAAGGAAAACCCUUACGUGUCAGUGUGCUCAGAGCUGACCAGAAAGUUACCAUGAGCUUGAUUCCACAACGAUGGUCAGGCAGAGGCCUGCUGGGAUGCAACAUUCUUCCAGUUCAGCGAUAAUCCAGAGGACUUUGUGCGAAGUCUACAUUGUAGAACAUCUUUUCCACAUAGCUUUUUGAGUAGCAUUACACAAAUUUUGUAUAUAUUGCAGCAAUUUCUAUCUAUAUUCAAUUUUCAGUAUUUGAAACUUGAGACAUUUCCUUUAAACAAGGAAAGAGGUAAGAAAGGGUGAAUUAAACUAAAUCACACUUUCGAUGAUGAGUUCAUGCUGAAUCUGCUGACUGAGACAUGAGUUGGGUUGACUAUUCUUUAAGUUUUACAUGUUUCUGCUCCUGACAGAUUUGCAACAAAUACCAUUGCAAUUUCACUGAGAUCAAGUUAGUUGAUCAAGAGAAUGCUUUCUCAAAUCUGAGUUGUUCAAAUAUAAUAGUGAUGAACUGGUGCUGAAAAGCAGUCGGGACAUCAUUUGUCACUUACUCUGAUAAAAAAAAAGGUUGUUUGUUUCUUUAUUUCAUCAAAAAAAUAAAAUAAAAAUGACAUUUAAAGAUUUGUAAAAUGCAGUUGAAGAUUUUAAUCUACUCAUUGUUUGUGGUUGAUUGUGCUGCUUGUUGGGAUGCACUUCCCCGCUUUACCUCUUUAAAACUGAUUCCUGGUAAUUAAAAUAUUGCUGACACCGCAACUCAGCAUGAUUGAUUGAAUGAGAGAUGCAAAAUCUGAACUUGUACCCCUGUUGUGAUGUCCACAACAAAUGGACACUAGUAGGGUAAAAGAAAAUUGAAAAUAACGAAGCACAGUGGGUUCUUCUAUGUAAAGAGAUGCACCCCCAAAAUGAGGUGACUGUUCACAUGCAGACUGAAGGAUUGCUCUUUUACCUGUAUAUCAGAUUCUGUCAACAAGAACGUAAUUUAAAAAAAGUGAAGAAAUAUAAGUUCUUGGGCCAUGCAUUUAAAUACAUAUUUUAUAUGUAAAAUACUUUGCAUAUAUUCUCCUUAACCAAAGAUAUCAGGAAAAUGAAUGCACCAACAAAUACAAAAUACCUGCC